CAAUCUCCCUCUUUCUUUUGCUUCUCUCUUUCCCUUCUUUGGAUCUUUUGCACUCCAAAGGAGGGUGGUGUCAAUUGUUAUUCUAUUUUUCGAGGGUUUCGGAUUUCAAAGGAAGAUGGCACCUGUUUCAUUGCCUCCGGGUUUCCGUUUUCAUCCAACUGAUGAGGAACUUGUGGCUUAUUAUCUAAAGAGAAAGAUCAAUGGACAUAGGAUUGAGCUUGAAAUCAUUCCUGAAGUUGAUCUCUAUAAGUGUGAGCCAUGGGACCUGCCAGGGAAGUCAUUGUUGCCAAGCAAAGAUCUCGAGUGGUUUUUCUUUAGCCCUCGAGACCGUAAGUAUCCAAAUGGGUCAAGGACUAAUCGCGCAACAAAAGCUGGCUACUGGAAGGCCACUGGAAAGGAUAGAAAGGUGAAUUCACAGAUGAGGGCUGUUGGGAUGAAGAAAACCCUAGUUUACUACGGAGGUAGAGCACCUCAUGGAACUCGAACUGAUUGGAUUAUGCACGAAUAUCGAUUAGAUGAAAGGGAAUGUGAAAAUGCCAACGGCUUACAGGAUGCUUAUGCACUUUGCCGUGUAUUCAAGAAGAGCUUGAAUGGCCCGAAAAUUGGGGACAAAUAUUUGACCACAGCUACUGAACGAUCCUCCAGCAUCGACUUGUAUUCUCAAGGGAAAUGUGAUGAUUUAGAUAGCUCAGACUAUCCAAUGGCAUCAGGAACCUGCUCAUCCAGUGCCACCAAUGCCUCUCAGAUGAAUAUAAAUGAACCAGAUGAUGGAAGAUGGACACAGUACUUAUCAGAAGAGGCAUUUGGUUUCAUUAAUAGUCCAUAUUCCCAUUGUGCACCAACAUCAUAUACACCCUCAAAGGUCGAUUUGGCAAUAGAGAGUGCAAGGUUUCAACAUCAUUUUACAUUGCCACCAUUGGAGGUUCAGGAUUUCCCACAGUCUGGUUUGUCACAUUCCAAUGCUUUUCAUGAAAAUACAAACCAACAUACAGAUAUAUUGGAGGAAAUUCUUUCAGUUGCUCAAGCUUCUCAUGAACUUCAAAAUCAAGAUGCAUGGGGCGGAAUGUAUGCUUCGGCUGAGGAUUUUUCCUUUCAGCCCCACAAUAACCAAAUACAUGGUAUGGAUUCCUUCAAAUAUACGGACAACUUAAGAGAUGAACCGAAUCAUAGGUCCAUCAAAAUUGAAGAAAAGGACAAAGUUUUCGCAUCAGAGAGAAUGGCUGAGAACUUAAGAUGGGUGGGGAUGUCGAACAAGGAGCUUGAAAAGACCUUUUAUGAGGAAUACAAAACAGUUCCAGUGGAAAAUAUUUCCAAGUUCAAUGACUUUCAAGGAGGAACCAGCAAACAAAACUUGGACAGCGAAUACAAUUAUACCGAUCCAAAUGAUAUGUCAGUUGUGAAUGAAAAUGCAACUGACAACUUCUUGUUGGAUGGAGACAUUGAUGACUUUUCGAGCACUCAGAAUUAUACGGUUUAUGAAAAGACAGAAAUAAAUCAUGGAUUGCUAGUUUCAACUAGACAAGCACCCAAGACUUUGUAUCAACAAGUGGUGCCUUCAAGGACUGUUCGAGUAUAUCUAAACCCCAAGAUGAUACAUGGAAAUAUUCCUUUACCGAAAUCAGAUACCAGAAAUAGAAGAUUAUUUGAUAGUUUCGUCUCAUUUUCAAGAAAUAUGUUAUUUGGUGUAUUAAAAGUCCUUAUCUCAUCCUUGCUUUAGAUUUGUUUGUCACUUGGGUGUUCCAAUUGAAUUGUACGAUUUUUAUUUUUAUUUUUUGUAUUGCUGACCACAAUUGUAAUAUGAAAGAGGUAAGUUAGUCUUUACAAGUUUAAAUACUUUUUAUUUUUUGUUUUUAUCUUCAUAAAUCAU